UUAGCGAACUUCCAAGCGCAACUAGCACAAACCCUCCACCCCCUGCCCGCAGUACGGUACGGUCUUUGAUCGCGAUCGCACGCUUACUCGGCGUGCGGUUGUGUUCCGGUGACAGACGGCAGUUGGUGAUCACAUGAUCACCAGAAAGUGGCUGGCAGUAGCAGGAUUAAACCACCACCAAAAACCAACAUCAGCAGCAACCACCACCACUCGAUCUGAUGCAUCAAAUGCUGAGUUUUGAGUGCUUGUGUACCGUGCUCGCGUGAAAGCGAAGGAUGUUUACACUUGGCCGGUAGCAUUCGCACUGCGUCGCAAGUGCGAGAGUGAUGAGUGGAUUCUAAAGUGAAACGUACGUUGCAUCCGGGUACGGCGGCGACGGCGAUCGUUGCAAUAAAGUGGAAACGAAACGGGUGAAAUUGAAUCGAAUUCACACUCGUCGCGAUCGCUCGCACCUUCUCCUCGUUGUUGUUGUUGGUCUGUUGCAACCGGAUCGCUCGUGAUCGCGAAGCCACCAUAGCUAGCACUAAGUCGGCGGAAGCGCGUGCUCUCCCGCGUUGAUCAAUUGAUCGCUCGCGCUUCGCGAUUCGUCGUCACGAUCGGUUGACGUCACGCUCUUACCGUUUCUCGCCGGUGAUCGUGCGGUGUGCCCUCCCCACCCCCAACACCGAGGGGUGAUUCGAAGCGAAUGCAAUUCGUGUUUCCGAUCCAGCGUUGAGAUCCUCCCCUCGAUCGUACCGCAACAGCAGCAGCAGCAGCAGAAGGGAUCGCUAAUAGCUUUCGUGACGUCACGCACAUUUCGUACAUUCCGUCGUUCGUCGCCCAAAGUCCGGGUUGACUUUUGGAGCAGCGUGCCAGCGUGCGUGCGAGAGAGCGGGAGAGACAGAGAGAGACAGAGAGAGAUCUUAAAGGGGUUAAGUUAGUCUCCCUGGUUCCUGGACGACCAGGUGCUCCUCCUUUACCCUUCUUACUCCUUUCUGCGCUCUGCGAUCACUCUCCAACCACAAACGACGACGACGCGUGGAGGAUCACAUCCGUAUUUGCUGUAGCAUCCACCGAGACGUCGUUCGCACACCUGUACCGUGGACGUUCCGCGAGCCAGCCAGCCGCGGAUUACACAGUUUUGCUCGGUUUGUGCGUGCGUGCGUGUGCUUGUGUCGUGUGUGCGUGGAGCUAAUCAAUGGUACCGGAGUUGUUGGCCUCCAAGAAACCGCAACCUUCCAGUGCCGAGUGUGACUUACAGAUCUGUUCCACAUAGGGAAACACAAGAGAGAUAGAAAGAGAGAGCGAGAGAGCGAGAGAGCGAGAGAAAGAGUUCUGGAAAAUGCUCAUCACAACGAAUCUCAGUCAGAAGCAAUUCAUCGACUCGCUGUGUACAAAUGAGGCCGAAGACUCCAGCUAUGAUAGUGACUGCGAUGGGGAUGAUCUGUCGCAUGAGCAGGUGUCACGCACGACCAGUGACACCCUUGGUCAGGAGUUUGCCGAGUACGUGAAUGCGGCAGGCGGUAACCCUCACCAGCAGCAGCAGCAGCAUCACCUUCAUCAUCAUCACCACCAACAGCAGCAGCAGCAGCAGCAGCUCGGGAAGGGUGAUGUUGUUGGUGCAGCACCGACGACGGCCCUGCCAGAGCACUCGCCAGGCUAUCAGCAGCGCGUCGAGUUUGCUCUUAAGCUCGGCUACACUGAACGGCUGGUUCAAGCGGCCCUGCAGAGACUGGGCCCCAAUCCGGCCCAGAACGAGCUGUUGGCCGAGCUGAUCAAGCUUGGUUCGCAGCCCGGUGCCAAGGGAGGCAAUGAGUUUUCCGUCGACCAUCAUGCGCUCCAUGGUGCGGGAGAACCGCUGGGACUCGGCGGUGGACCGACCUACUACCCACUGCUGGUUGGUGGAUCGACGGGCGGCGAUAUGGUUGGAUCGACGGUGGGCGGUUUACCCUCGACGACGGGGGUCAGCGGCAGCACGAUCGGUGGGAGCGGUGAGGUGGAAACGCUGCGUUCGAUAGUGAUCGACGGGAGCAAUGUGGCGAUGAGUCACGGCAAUAAGGAAGUGUUCUCCUGCCGCGGUAUUCGGCUGUGUGUGGAUUGGUUCAAGAACCGGGGCCACAAAGAGAUCACGGUGUUUGUGCCGAAGUGGCGCAAGGAAAGCUCCCGUCCCGACAAUCCCGUCAAGGAUGGCGAGAUACUGAACGAGCUGGAGAAGGAGCGAAUGCUCGUGUUUACACCGUCCCGGCUUGUCGGAGGCAAGCGGAUGGUGUGCUACGAUGAUCGCUACAUCUUGAAGCUCGCCGCUGAGAACGAUGGUAUCGUCGUGUCGAACGACAACUAUCGCGAUCUGGUGCAGGAAAGCUCCGAGUUCAAGAAGGUCGUCGAAGAGCGGGUACUGAUGUAUUCGUUCGUGAACGAUCGCUUUAUGCCCCCGGACGAUCCGCUUGGACGUUCGGGGCCCACGUUGGACAACUUUCUGCGGGUGCAGCCUCGUAAGGGUGACCCACCGCCACCCUGUCCGUACGGCAAAAAGUGUACCUAUGGCAAUAAGUGCAAGUUCUACCAUCCGGAGCGCGGUAGCCAGCCUCACAAAUCCGUCACCGAGCGAUUGUCGGAGUAUGCGGCUCGGCAUCUACAGGCACGAAGUGGUCUCGAUCCGAGUGCUGUGGGGGGUGCUGCUGCUGCUCCUGGCAGUGGCCGCAAUGCCGUGCAGGGGAAGUCACUCAGUGUACCGCUCAGCAAUAGUAGCAGUGAGACUAGUCCAAUCAAUGAUAAACGGAAAGCAUUAUGUCGCACUCGAUCGAACGUACCUUCCGAUAGUGGCAGCGCUGCUGGUAACAAUCCUUACGCAGGCGCGACGGACCAUAUGAUGUUGCAUGCUGGUCAUCCCCACCAUCCUGGAGUGCGGCCACCACAACCACAACAGAUGCCUUUCCUUGCACCGCCGCCCGGUGCGGUGGUCAGCAGUCGGACCCAUGCAUGGGAUCUUUCCGCACAACAGCAGCAGCAACCACACGGCCAUGGUAGCAUGGUGGAUGUGCAGCCGAUAUUCCCUAAAUCUCAUAGUAUAGAAAACAUUUCGAACGAACCGUACGGUGUUGUCGGUGGUGGCCAUGUUCCUGCUGGUGCAGCUGCUGCUCAUCAUUCGGCCGUCGGUUGCUAUGGUGCACCGCCGAUGUGGCAGCAACUAGCACCACCAUCUCAGCAAUCAUCUCAACAGCAGCACACGACCGCCGCUGCAGGAGGCUCUGUUUCGCAGCCUUCCUUGCCACACGACACAGUUGAGCAUGGCAGUGUCGAUAGUGUCAACUUGCAUCGCAAGCUGCAACGCCAACUGACUCUCAACCCGGCUGGUUGUGAUCCGCGCAUCUAUCAGAUGCAAAGACACCAGCAACAACAAUCUCAGCAAUCACAGAGCUCACCGCAGCAGCAGCAGCAGCAGCAACAGCAGCAGCUUUCGCCCCACAGACCUCUAGCUCCAUCGCUGAGUGGCGGUGCCCGUCCAUCGCCUCCAUCCCAGUGGGAACUACAUCAGCAUGUGCAACGGAUUGCAUCGGCCCCCGACUCGGUGCGACCAUGGCACAGUGGACCUCCGCCUGCUUCAUCCUCCGAACCGCAUAUCAACCUUGGGUGGUCACCCAAUCCGUUACCACCCGCUGCCCUCACUCCUUCCAACAGUCACUCGGUUGUGAGCCAGCAGCAGCAUCAUCAGCAGCAGCAGCAACAUCAUCAGCAACAGCAGCAACACGACAGACAACGUUUGCACUACCAUUUGGCCAGUAUCUUCCCGGAGGAACAGGUGCAAACUGUGAUGCAGAUGUAUCCCGAAGAGACGAAUCCACAGAAAAUCUGUGCCGCCAUAUUGGCCAUGUUUCCUAAGAUGUAAAAACGCCUCCCCCUCCGGUGGCGAAACGGAAUACUCAAACACUCCACUAGUGUUAAGCUCCACUUUUGCCCAUUUUCUCGGUUCCUUUCAUUGCUAUUAUCAUUUUUUUUAAUCUUUUUAUUAUCCUCUUUCGACACAAAAAAGAAGUAUUUAUCCUAUUGGCGGUACACGGGGUAGUCUUCCGCGCGCACAAUGAACUGGGAACUAGGCAACAAGACCGAUUCGUUUCUAUUAGACUCCGUAACGAUCAGUAACUUAACUUUAUUUUAAAAUCGAUGAAAAAGUCAUGAUGGUCGAUAGACAGCGGAAAAGCAAGAAGGUAUAGUACCUCAAAUUACGUGAUUGGUAAUUUGAUUGCGCAUGGCGCAUAAAAUUCUUGACUAGCCCACGGGAAGGGAAGGCCCUGUUUGGGGAAGAUAUUGUCAAAAGCGAAUAGACCGUACUGUAAGGGAAGCAGGAACGAGCAGACGAAAUCUCAAGCGUUUAUCUGUAUUUUGUUUCUUAUUUAUGAUGCUGUGCAUAGCAACAGGCACGUCGUUACUGUGUUCCCGAACAACGCGCUCCUAGUUAGUAGUUAAGCGAUUGUAGUAGCAAAACGUGAUGUGUAGAAAAAGGGACGUGAACGGUAAAUGCUGAGAAGAGUUCGCAGCAGUACUCUUCGAAAUCUAAUAACAUACAUCUAUGGAAGGAGAAGGUUAGCUCAAGCUUCACAAUAACAAAAGAAUCGUUUCUUCCUUAAUUUUAACCCAUCUCUUAGUAAUUAUGAUAACCUGUCAGAAAACUACAGAGAAAAAAAACAUUUAAAAACGAAUGCUAAACUAUUUACUCUAUCAACCUCCUGCUAAAUCUUUCCUUGAGGAAUGAUGCAUUAUGAGAAAGAGAAUAUCGAGCACGCAAGAUCAACUAGGCAAUUCGUGCAAUGCUCUUCCAUGGUAGUAGCCCUUGCUGAGUCUCCAUGGGAAAGUCUAUGCAAACUUCGAUCACGAGCAAGCUUAUUGGCCGUCGCGCGGUGAAAGUUGAAUUCAACAAAAGCAGGAGGCAAUGCAAACGCAUCUAGCAAAGACAAACGAAGAGAGCUGCAACCGAGAGAGCAACAGCUAGAUAAAGAAAGAGAAAGAGAGAGAGACGAUGGUCAGUUUUUUGCAUCAGUAAGAAGUAAUAGUUCUUCACUUCAUAUUGGAGUAUGGUUUUGUAGCUAUGAAAGAUAGAAUGAACAGUGAGAACUUGUACAAGUACAUUAAUUUCUGCUCCCCCGCCUUUUUAAACGCUUCUUCGUAUCACUCAUUAACCAGUAUUUUAUAACGCAUUUUUAAUCUAAUUUUCUCUAAGUUUUUCUUUUCUUCUUUGAUCGAUUCACACCAAAAUCUGUUUUCCGCGUUACUGGUGUCUGUUCAAGACCCUUUGUCUGUUUUCCUCAUUUACCUUAUGUUUUUUUUACAUUCCCAAACCGCCAGUUUUACUUCUUUUGUUUUUACGCGAUACACGAAGAAUCGACAAACCAGUAACAGGCAUGAAAUUUUUAGCGUUUUGAAUGGUACUUUAAGUUGACUUGCAGCAGAUGAUGCUGCGGGAGGUGGUUUUGAACACAAAGUUAAACAGCGCUCACGGUGGCGCCGGCUAUCGUGUCGUGCGGCAAGCGCCUCUCAUUAUACGAUACCGUGGCAGAUUGGGGUCAACGGGGGUUUGUGGUAAACACAAGCACAACUACUUAAUACAUAUAACAAGGAAACAUAAUAGUUAACACAGUUCCACACUCGUCAGAAACGGAAACAGAGAGGAAGAGAGGAAAUUGUGCGCUAGAGAUAAAAGCAAAAAUUUGGAAAAAAGAUGAGCCGCGCGAACAGAAAUGAAAUGAAACGCAUGUUUAUGGACGCUGAUGAUGAAUAUAUGGACAUACAAAUAAAGAAGAAAACCCUACUGCUGAAGCAUAUGUGA